AUGGCAGCAGCAGCACCCCCUCUUCCCUACGGCCUACACCAAACCCGUGGGAGAACUUUACAGUCUUGGAUCGAGGAUCCAUCAGUUGCUAAAUGUCAUAUCAAACCCUGCAAUAUCACAUAUCAAGAUCUCCUAGAGUGGGCUCCCGUGGACGAGUCCUUUGACGACCCCGACUCCGAGGAUGAGGAAGUUACCGAGACAGUCGAAAGACUCGAUGUGGAAGGCCCUUUGACCAUGCACGUGGUCACCUCUGAAGAUGGGUCCUCAUCGCCCGGUGGAUCAUCCGGUGACUGGAAUGACUGGCGAUCCUUUGUUGCAGACGGUUCUCUCUUCAUCAUGACAAUGUUCAGAGCGUCUGGCUACCAUGCAUCAGAAAUUGCUCAGGCUCUCUAUACGAGAGCAUACCCUAUCGAAACCCUGAAGCACGUCUUUGCGAUUGAUGUGGCAAAUGAAGAUACGAGAACUUUCAUCAAGCGACAGAUUUACACGGACGGCAACGGUCUUGCGUGGCCGGCAUCUGGGUCUCAAAGCUUUGCGCGGGGCACUGCAGAAUAUGAAGGUCUGCUGGGAACGAGAAUCGGCUCGGUCGUGGCAUAUCUACUUCUUGGUGCGUUCACACGUGGAACCCAUCGCAUUUCAAAAAUCAGUAUCGAAGUCUCGGCCACGGAAAUCAUGAGCUUGCAGUUCGACAUUGAGGAUAUUAAGCCCCCUCCAAAGAAGAAGCGUCGCAGAUCAAGAGACGACGGUGAUGGUGAUGGCGGCGGCCGCGGGGGUGGUGAAGGGAGACCGAAAAAGCGACGGCGAUACAUUGAUGAAAAUUAUGACGGCCCCGCUAAACGUACCAGACUAGCUGUUCGUCGUAAGAAGGCUGGUGCAGCUAAGGUAUGA